AUGAAACCAUCUAAACUGCAAGAUCAUCUGAGAAGAUGCCACCCUAAUAAAACAGAGAAAGAUUUGAAAUACUUUCAAACACUCAAAGAUAAAUUUCAGAAGAGACCUACACUGGACAGAAUGUUCACUUCGACGUCACAAAGAAAUGAUGAUGGUUUGCGGGCGUCUUACAAUAUCUUGUUACUUAUAGCAAAAUCCGGAAAACCGCAUACUAUCGGAGAAAAGUUAAUUUUGCCAACCGUUGAAGAGGUUUUAAAAACUGUUUUACACAAACCUGCAUCUGAUAUCAUUAAAAGAAUUCCCUUAAGCAACAAUACUGUUGAAAGAUGA